AUGUCAGUCGAACUGAAUGAGUGGAAAUUCGCGACAGAAGACAGAUGCCCAGAAAUCGGGUUUGACUGUAUCCCCCCGAGUGCCUGCGCAAGGCACCCCAAUACCGGUAGGAAUUACUGCUGCAAUGCCGAUGUGGAAGGAAUUUGCUGGAACCAGGGCAACGCCGGAGAAGACAACGAGGUCACCAAGGCUUGCUCUACGGCCGAGGAUCUGAAGGGAUGGAGAUGCAUGAGGGGGAGCGAAGAGUGUGUGAGAGGAGGAAAGAUCAAUCUGUGCACGUUGCCGCGCAAAGAAGCAGAAAACCCGUUGCCCGAGAUAGGAAGCUCCGUCCUAGAAGAGAUGUAUUCUUCUUUGAGCGUUUCGGCGCCCUCUGAAACGUACCUGAGCUUCGACCCAUCAGCGCUUAUUGCGGCGACACAAACCUCUUCCUCGACAGCCGCCUCGACAACCGCUUCGACAGAAUCGACUACCGCCGACGCAGCCAGUGCGACAGCAGUAGUUACAAACACGACCGAGCCCGAAAGCGGACUGGGCGGCGGUGCCAUCGGGGGGAUCGUGGCGGGGGUCGUGGUUGGAGUGGCGCUGCUUGGCUUGGGAGCCUGGUAUCUGCUGAGGAAGAAGCGGCGCGAGAGGGUGCCCAAGGUUGAUAGUCUGGGAGAGACAAAGAGUGAUGCGGAUCACCAAAUACGAGACCGACAGAUGGCAGAGCUUGGAUCACGCGAGCUUCAAGAGUUGCCUUGA